AUACUGCUUCAUCAAUCGAUUAGCUCUUAACGCGACGCGCCGGGUUGAAACUGUUGGGAGUUGUCCGCGUUCCGCCAUCACGUGCAGCUGACUAAAGUCAAACAUAUCCCACUCGGGCCGGGGUUUCAACCCUAGCAAGAGAAGCGCCCCUCCAUCUUCUCCUCUCCAAUUUCUCUGUCCGUCAACCUCCCACCUCCCAUCCACCUUUGGUUUUCUAUCAUCACCACCAACUCCCCCUCCUCUUCGCCUUUUUCCUAUCCCUUUCAGAGGAGUAUCUAUUAAUUUUCCUUCUUGAACCACACAGCAUUCCUUACCAGCCGAUAAUUGUUAGCCAUGUCAGAACCCAUUAGAAAUAAAAAACUUGACACCCUUGCGGGGGCACCUACUCCCCAGAACACUCCUUCUACCAAUGCCCCUAUCUCUUCUCAUGCCGCUGAACCCAAGGUUUCGACUAUCGAAGAAGAGAGAUUUGACCGUGCUGCGGCCGCUUCAAUCUUCGCUUCGAAUCCUCAACUAGUCUCUAUGAUACAGGGCAAGCUUGGCUCUCUUGUCGGACGCUCAUCUGGUUAUAUUGAAUCCCUCCCUGCUCCAGUCCGCCGUCGUAUUUCCGGCUUGAAGGGUGUUCAAAAGGAGCACGCUAAAUUGGAGGCUGAAUUCCAGGAGGAGGUUUUGCAGCUAGAGAAGAAAUAUUUUGCAAGAUACGCCCCUCUUUACCAAAAGCGUGCACAGAUUGUCAAUGGUGUUGCUGAGCCUACCGAGGAAGAGGUUGCUGCUGGCAAGGCGCAAGACGAUGACGAGGAGGAAGAAGGUGAAGGCUGA